AGCUCACAAGCCACUGCCGCUGUUGUUGCAGUGCCCGUGACGAGACGGCCGCGGCGCGGGCAGAGGGGGGAGGGGGUAACAAGAGCCACCCAGGGCAGGCGGUGACAACGGCGUUCGCCCCCUCUUUCUCCCGCCGGAGCUCCUCAAAACCCCGUCGCGGCCGCCGCCCGACGCGAUCGCGCUAAACCCUAGCCUCCGCCGCCGCCGCCCGCCGCCGCGCCCGCCCCGCAUUCCCCGCCCGUCCUCGCGCCCGCCCGCAGAGGUUCCAGAGCGGUGGAAUGGGGAACAGCCGGCCCGGAGGGGCGCCUCCGACAACCAGUGGGAACGUGGCGAGGAGCAACGCGGAGGCCGCGACGGAAGCUCCCCGCUUGCGGCCACACGGAGGGCCAGGCGCGCCGGGUCCGGGGAGCCCAGGUCGGAGCACACCCCUUCCUGGUGGUCGGGAGAGGGGUUCCACGGGGGCAAAUGUGAUGACACCGUCUUGUGACAGGCAGCAGAACAGAGCGGUGGAGGAAGCGCCGCUCGGAGCGUCGAGCGCGGUUAAGAAGAGCAGUGUGCCCAAUUCUCUGUCAAGGGGUUCAGACAUAAACUCUGGCUCUAGGAUGGAUGCAGAGGAGCAAGUGAUGGGUGAGCAAGCAAGCAACGGGGACGCUGGCUCUUCCUCGAAGAAGCGGAAAAAAAGAAUGGAUGCAAGAAGCUACAUCAAGAGAUUCAAGACUGGCGUAAGAGUGGGUGCCUCAGAUAUAGUUGUUGCUUCCCCUGACAGGAUGGGCAAGGAGAAUACUGCAAGUGGGCAUGUGGCAGACAGCAACACUGCUAUCCUGUGUGAAGGUAGCAGGUUGAUUGAAAAAAGCAAGGGACAUUCAAGCCAUGCUGCCUUCAAAGUUUCUAACAGUCCUAUUUCUGGUUUACAUGAAACUUCAGACACAAGAGUUGACCAAUGUUCUACACCAUUGUCAGAGGUACAGCCACAUAAACCUACCGACGUGCAAAAUAUAGCGGUUGAAAGCAGUCUUCCAGCAAAGGCUAGAGAUCCACGCACUGGCCUUGCAAGGCAAAGCUUUCCAUCACCAUCAUCAUUGCAAAGUGUACCAAUACCUAUUCCUCAUGAAGAGAUUAAGAGCACAGUUGGAGAUGGUGAACCUAUUACUGUUCCAAAAGAAAAUUCAGCUUCAGGACAUCUCAAGGUGACCCAAUCUGAUGGAACAGAUGGUAACUCCAACAUAUGUGCUGCUUGUGGUCGUGGAACCCCAGGAACUUUUAGGUCUUGUGGUGGAAAAGGUUGCAAAAGUAGGUACCAUAUGUCUUGUCUGGAUCAAUAUUUGUCCCUUGGGAAUUGGUUCUGUACCAGCUGUACAAAAAAGAGGUUGCAGUUUGGCUUACAUUAUAUUGUUGAUGGGAUAGAGUCUGUGUGGGAUGUCAAGGAGGCUGAGGGAAUGCAAACUAGCAAGCAGUAUUUUGUCAAGUAUAAAAAUCUGGCACAUGUCCAUAACCGUUGGAUUCCAGAAGGUGAUAUUAAGGUCAUGCCUGGAGGUCCUGAUCUUCUUUCCUUGUUUAACAAGAGGAAUCAUACUGAAAAGACAAUUUGGAAGGAGGAAUGGACUAAGCCACAUCGCCUGUUGAGGAAGAGGCUACUUGUGCCCCCCAAAUUGGCUGAUGAUUUCUUCUGCGCUGAUGAUUUCUUUUGCUCAACUGGUGUCAAUUAUACAUAUUGUACUCUUGAAUGGUUAGUGAAAUGGAGGGGUCUUGGCUAUGAUCAUGCAACAUGGGAACUAGAGACUUCAUCCUGUUUAUGUACGCCGGAAGCUGACGAACUUAAAAAGAACUACGAGAACCGCCGUGAAGCUGCAAAACAAUCAUCUGUUCCCCAAAAAACAAAGGUUAAGCAAAGCUCAUUCCAGAAACUUGAGAGAUUGCCAGAUGGGUGCCAUCCUGAUUUUGACAAUGAUCACUUGUGUUCAAUCAAUCACCUUCGAGAGUACUGGCACAAAUCUCAUGGUGCUGUUCUUGUCGAUGAGAAGGAGUAUGUAAUGAAGACCGUGUUAUUCACAAUGUCUGUAUUACCUGACAUCAGCCAACCUUUUCUAAUUGUCACAACCCCUGGUUCUCUGUCCUUAUGGGAGGUUCAGUUCAAUAAGUUGGCACCAUUUAUCAAUGUUGUUGUGUAUGACGGGGGGAAAGAUGAGCUGAAAUUAAUUCGAGAUUUGGAAUUCUAUGAGAGUGGAAGCCGCAGUAUGUUACAGGUUCUCUUAUCCCAUCCUGAUGCUAUCCUAGAGGAUAUUGAACCUAUAGCACACAUUGGUUGGGAAGCAGUCAUAGUUGAUUGUUAUGAAAAGUCAGCUCUACAGUAUCUCGAACAACUGAAGGAAAUUCCCACUGACUUCAGAAUGUUGCUUGUGAGCUCCCAAAUUAAGGAUAAUCUUCCCGAGCACGUGAAACUUCUAGCAUUCCUUAAUUCUGGAGAGCAAGAAAAUGGCGAUCGCGUUGAUACUGCUGAGACCCUUAUGAUGCUGGAAGGAAACUUCAAAAGUCAUAUUGCAUAUGAGCGUCAAGCAGAUUCUUUAAAAAUAUUGGAGCACUGGGUUCCUGCUUACAUUUCACAACUGCAGCUGCAGAUAUAUUGUUCCAUACUGCUUUCAAACUCAUCUGUCCUCCAGUCGCAGAUGAAAAGUGAUAAAGCUCUUUAUGACAUUAUUAUGUCUCUCUCAAAGUGCUGUGAUGACCCUUACCUUGUUGAUGAAUCCCUGCGACCUCCUGUCAACAAUCAUGAUCACACUGAUCCUAUAGUUACGAGAGUGCAAGCAUGUGGCAAGCUACUGCUUCUUCAAAAAAUGCUUGAAGCAAUAAGGAACAAGAGGCUAAGAGUUAUUAUUCUUUUUCAAUCUGGUGUAGCAGGUGGAAGCUCAGUGGGUGAUACAUUGGAAACUGUUGUGCGUCACAAAUUUGGCCCGGAGUCAUAUGAACGUGUUGAAUUUCGUGGAUCAUUCUCAAAGAAAGCAGUGGCACUUAAUAAGUUCAAUGACAAGACUAAGGGGAGAUUUGUUUUUCUGAUUGAAACAAGUGCAUGCCUCCCAAGUAUUGAGCUGUCAUCUGUCGAUGCCAUUAUUAUAUAUAAUAGUGACCGGAACCCACUAAAUGAUCAAAAUGCUCUUGAAAAAAUCAAAAUAGAGGCACAACUUAGGCAUCCAAGUAUUUUUCGCUUAUACACUCCUUUCACAAUGGAGGAGAAGUGGCUUGUGCUUGCAAAACAGGGGAUGCUAAUUGAUAAGGAUAUAACACACAGCAUAAGCCAUUCCUUGAUUAGUUGGGGUGCAUCAUGUCUCUUCUCUAGACUUGAUGAGCUUAAGCAUGACAACUGUGCAAGUAAAAGCUCUGAAAGAGACAACUUUAUGAAUAAAGUAAUUUCAGAGUUCUUGGGAAAAUUAGCCACAAAUAUUGUAGGCAGCACCAAAAUUGCCUGCACAUCCAUAUCGGAAGCCAAUAUGAGCGGGAAAUUUUACUCAAGAAACAUUACUCUAAUUGGUGAAAAAGAGGAAAUGCGUGCAUUGGAUGGAGAUCCAUCUAAUUUCUGGUCAAAUUUACUGGAUGGAAAAUCCCCUGGUUGGAGCUAUAUAUCUGAGCCACCACAAUCAAGCCAUAUGAUCGUACAGAACUUGGAAGAACGAGCCAAGGAUCCUGCUGAAGAAGCCAGUCAAAGCAGAAGGAAGCGUAGAAAGGUUGGCGAAAUCACAGGUCCAUCUUCAAAAAGUUCACCUGACAACAAUCAUGAUGAUAUGUUGCCUGAAAACUGUUCUACAUCGAGUCCUGCUCUUCAACCUCUUGAUGACACACAACAAAAAUUAGGGGUUGAAAAGCGAAUGAGCACACCCAAGAAUCUUCACAUCCAACUUAAGAAAGAGCUAUCAAAAUUAAUUACGGCCCUACAAUUGCCGGAUGAUGUAAGAGCUAUGGCUGAACAGUUGUUUGAGUAUUUUUUGAAGAAUCAUCUUGUUGUUACAGAGCCAGUGAGCAUACUGCACGCAAUCAUCAUAUCCUUGUGUUGGCAUGCUGCUUCUGUUCUUAAGUAUAAGAUAAAUUGUGGAGAGUCGAUUGCCCUUGCUGGAAAAAGCUUGAACUGUGAGUGCAAUGAAGAGCUUGCAUCAUUCAUCUAUGGAAGAUUAAGGUUCCCAGAGGAAAAAAAUCCAAAUAGAGCAAUUGAAACUAGCAUCAAUGGUCAACCAGUGUCAGUAGAGGACACCCAAAUCUCAUGGGAGGAGACCUCUACCAACUUGAGAAACAACCACAUGCUCCAAAGUAAGGAAAUGGAUCAUGGUAAUUUGACGAGUACUGGACCACAAGAGGUUUCAUCUAGUGCUGAGCAUAUGAUCCCAGAGGUGCAGGAACCUAUCCAGGACACUCAUGGAGAAUGUCAUGUGUCAAAUGAUGAGCUUCCUAACAUGAUUGUGGAGAAAAGAACAGAGUUAGUUGACAACAAUCACGACAAUUUCACAAAUGGUGCACCACAAGUGAUCUCAUCUGGUGCUGAGCAGAUGAUCUCAGAAGUGCAGGAACCUGUACAAGAAAUUCACAGAGAAUGUCAUUUGCCAAAUGAUGAGCGUCCUAACAUGACUGUGGAGAAAAGAACAGAGUUAGUUGACAGCAAUCAUGACAAUUUCACAAAUGGUGCACCACAAGUGGUCUCAUCUGGUGCUGAUCACAUGAUCUCAGAGGAGCAGGAACCUGUUCAAGAAACUCACAGAGAAUGUCAUUUGUCAAAGGAUAACCUUCCUAACAUGAUCGUGGAGAAAAGAAUGGAGUUAAUUGACAAUGUUUUCUCCUUGAGAGAAAAGAAUAUCCUUUGUAAACAACAGCUUGAGAUCUCAGGUUUAGACACAUACACACAGAACAACGUUAUCAGACUGAAAGAAGUGUGCAUUUUAGUUCUGAAGCAUAUUCGUAGAAGUCACAUUGAUGAAGUGACCAGGAGUGACAAAAUGCAGCUAACUGUUCAGUGGUUCACUAUGCUUAUGUGUGCAUUUUUGGACCACAUGAGGCUCCAGCAUAACAAACUCGAGGCAGUGCAAUCUGAUAGGUGGCUCGUAGAGCGACAUCUGAAGAAGAAUCUCCAGCAGGUAGCAAAAUCAGGCCAAUUAGAUCAAGACUUUGAUCGGCAUAUUGCUCUACCAGAUUCAAACUUUGUUAUGGAAGAAUUCAUCCAUUUUAAGGAGCAGAGUGGUGAGUAUCAUAUUGUUGAAAGUUCUGUGCCAGAUAACCAGCAGCCAUUAGAUGAUGGAUUGUUAAUGGAAAUUGCAUUAGUACGAAAUGAAGUUCUGUCAGGGGCCAUAUCUACACAGGCAAUGGAAAAUGAGCCAGUUGCAACUUCCGUGAACUCAGGUGAAGGACCAGCAUCAGAAGCUGUUGAUUUUCCAGGAAACUGCAUCCUUAGUUCUGAUGGCAUGGGUGUACAAAGAGCUGGUUGUUCAUCAAGUACUAUUCCUGCAAAUGAUGAUUCAGUUGGUCAGGAAUCUUCAAUUGGUGACUGUAGAAAUACUGGACAUGUUGAGGCCGAAAAUAUUGCUAAUCCAGGUAUGUUGCUGGAAGGAGCAGAUUCUCUUGUUAGGGGAUUUAAUGCAAACACCGAUGACACUGUUGAUACAGAUCAAGUCCACUUGGAGUCACCAGUUAGUCCAGCUACCUUACCAGUGUCUACUGAAUUUGAAACUCAGACUUGCCAAUCAAGUAUGCAUGUGGAACAAAGUCCUGAAGCGCAACAGUCAACCUCAAUGAAAGAUCAACCUGCAGAAAAACGAGCAUGUAUUGUGGGUCCUGAGGCAGCAAUGCAGGAUCAGUCAGCAGAGGCUGAGCGAGCAGGUACCUUGGGUGCCAUAUCAGCUCAGGUUUUGCCGUCUGAAAUGCAAUCAUCAUCAACCUCAACGCGGGGCGUUCCUUUUGUGUCUGGUCUGCAAAGUUCGUCUGUCCAUCAAAGUGUAGUACCUUCACUGGAACCACAUGCAGGAGUAGAGUUACCGGGCACGGUGACACCUCAUGCUAUACAACCACCAGCCUCAAUGCCUGCGGAACAGAGUACGAGUCUGCCUGCCCAACAAAGCUUAGCAACAUUGCGUCAUCCACCAGCAGAAGCAGAACCAGCAGGUAUUCUGGCCACAGAGGCAGCUUGUGAUUUGCAGCCUGAAGUCCAACUGUCAACCUCAAUGCAGGAUCAACCUGCAGAUUCUCUUGUUAGGGGAUUUAAUGCAAACAACGAUGACACUGUUGAUACAGAUCAAGUCCACUUGGCGUCACCAGUUAGCCCAGCUACCCUACCAGUGUCUACUGAAUUUGAAACUCAGACUUGCCAAUCAAGUAUGCAUGUGGAACAAAGUGUAAGUGUACCCGCCCAACAAAGUUUAGCAACUUGCCAAUCAAGUAUCUAUCAAGUAUGUCUCCUGAACAAAUCUUGCGAUUUGCAGCCUGAAGUGCAACAGUCAACCUCAAUGCAAGAUCAACCUGCAGAAAAACGAGCAUGUAUCGCGGGUCCCGAGGCAGCAAUGCAGGAUCAGCCAGCAGAGGCAGAGCGAGCAGGUACCUUGGGUGCCAUAUCAGCUCAGGUUUUGCCGCUUGAAAUGCAAUCAUCAUCAACCUCAAUGCGGGGCGUUCCCUUUGUGUCUGGUCUGCAGAGUCCGUCUGUCCAUCAAAGUGUAGUACCUUCACUGGAUCCACAUGCAGGAGUAGAGUUAUCCGGCACUGUGACACCUCAUGCUAUACAACCACCAGCCUCAAUGCCUGUGGAACAGAGUACCAGUCUGCCUGCCCAACAAAGCUUAGCAACAUUGCGUCAUCCACCAGCAGAAGCAGAACCAGCAGGUAUUCUGGCCACAGAGGUAGCUUGCGAUUUGCAGCCUGAAGCCCGACUGUCAACCUCAAUGCAGGAUCAACCUGCAGAAGGAGCAUGUAUAUUGGGCGCCACUGCUGCUCGAGGUUCGCAGCCUGAAGUGCAACCAUCAACCUCAUUGGAUUCACAUGGCAGAGGAGAAUCAACAGAUACGUUGGGUGUGGUGACAGCUCCUGAUAUGCAAUCGGAAAUACAACCAUCAGCCUUGAUGCAGGAUCAACCUGUGGCAGCAGAAGGAGCAUGUGUUCUAGGCACGACAGUAGCCCAGGAUUUGCAGCCUGAACUGCAAACAGCAACCACAGUUCAGCAUGACCCACUUGAAAGAACACGCUCUGAAGAAAGGAGACAAGCUGGUUUUGAACCAAACACAGCAGCCAGUCCUGAGCAUGAUCUGCAGUCUGAAAUACAGCCAUCAGCCUCAAUGCGUGAUCGACCUGCAGGAGCAGAAGGAGCAGGUAUGGUAGGCAGUACGGCAGCCCAGGAUUUGCAGCCUGAACGGCAAUUAUCAACCACAGUUCAGCAUAUCCCUACCGGUCCUGAGCAGCCUACCCAACUCCCUCCAGUCACGCCAUUAGUGUUUAAUAAUCCAAUCAUUAGUGAUGAACCGCUGAGAAAUGAGUUGGAAAAAAUAAUUCAUUGGAGCACUUUGCUUGAUAAAGGCCAUGACGAUAAGAGAUCACAACUUCAGGCAGAGCGCAACCAAGAAAUAGAGAAGAUAAACAGGAAGUAUGACUCGUUACUUCAACAAGAAGAUUCCGCUCAUCGUCUGAAGCGGACUCAGUUGAAUGGUAUCUACCAGAAAGUUUACGUGAGCAAAUCACUAGCUGAGAAUUUCCGACGCCAGUUCACACCAUCUGUUGCAUCUCAUGGGAGAUUGAUGAACCCUGUAAUGGAGCAGCUUCCGGAGUCUUCUUCUUCAGCGGCUCGGAUCGCAGCAUCGCCGUCGGUUAUCCCAUCACCAUCCCCCGGAGUGGCAGCGCACAGUUCAGCAGAACCCUCCGUCCGCCCUCCGCCGGUGGCUCUACCAUCCUCAUCACGGACCGUCCAGUCACAGUCAGCCAUGCCUGGCAAUCUCUCUGGAGAAAUAUCAUCGUCAGCCAUGCCUGGCAAUCUCUCUGGAGCAAUAUCACCACCUUUUGUUCCAGCGCCUUCGCUACAUGCAAGCCACGGACCCGCCGGACCACAGCUGCGCCCUGUCCAGCCACAAUCAGUUCCACCCAGCAUUCUCUACAGAACAAUGCCACCUGCUAUUCCGACACCUCGGCCACAGGGCAGCUACGGGCCCGCUGGAGCAGCAGCACAGCAGCUGCGUGCGCCCUCUCCUCAUCUGCAGCACCUCAGGAUGCGCCCGCCAUAUGUCAUCCCCACAGACCACCACCAGCAGCAGCAGCUUCCUACCAUCAUAGGGGUUCCAGCGGGUGGGCAGUUUGCCACGGAGAGCCUAAGGCCGACGUUUCCGUUUCCGCAGCCAGGCGCCGUGCUAGCCUCCAUGACUCCAGCAGGCUCGGCUCACCAGCCAGUGCUGCCGUCAGCGUCAGGCUCAAGCCCGGCUACCCCGUCAUACCUUUUGCCACCUGGCCGGCAUCUAGACCCCGUCUGGACGCCGAACCCCGCUCUCACGUUUGCCCAGGUCCAGCAGCAGGCAUCGUAUCUGAACAUGGCCUUGGGCGGCAGCAGCAGCAGCACCUCAGCAGGUCCGGCGGCGCCAGGAAGCCAGCAGCACGCCGGCGGCGCUCAGCUACCUGUCGUCCUCAACCAUCCAGGCCUGGAACCGUCACCGCCGCCGAACAGCAACCCGUACAUGCCGGCCAGGUUCGGCGUGGAGCCUGACAGCAGCAGUGGCGGCCCCAGCAACGCAGCAGGGCCGAGCGCGGAGGUUGUGUGCCUGUCCGACGACGAAGCCUAGUCGGCGCGAUGUGUUGUAGGCCAUCGGUUGCUUCACUCUUCUGCUGUUGUUGUCUUGAGUCGUCCACUUAGAAGCCGGUGUAGAGCCUUUAGCAGCGAAUAGCAUCCUUGUAUAGCCGAGAGAUGCGUGGGCAGAGGAACGCCCCUGUUGAUGUGGUAGCAAUUUUUGAACUAACUCCAGUAAGUUGUUUAUAGAAGUGCCGGUUGUUUCA